AUGUCUUACGCCGAGCACGGACCCCGUAUUUUUUUGAUGAGCAAACCGAGCAGUAGUUUACCUUUGACUUACGGGGAUUACGUUCUGCCGAAGAAACGAUCGGAGGGUCGCAUGAAGCUAUACAACUCGUGUACGGAUAUUCGUGCUUGGAGCCCAAAUGUUCUGGAGAGCACGCGCUAUUUCCGCGAGCUCAACGAGCAUGACAGAACCGCGCCAGGGAAACUGAUACCGUCCAACGUGGUAAUGGAAAACAUGAUAGCACUUACGGCUCAAGCCCAGCGUGAGCUUCGCAUUGCGCGGCAAGAACUGCAGAGAUACAAAUCCUUGAAUCUCACCCCGGAGCAACGGGCUCAACUGGAGAAUUUCAAUAGAGCUACUCCCGCGAGGACCGAUAAGACGGAAGAAAUGAGAAUUGGAUCUAUGAUAAGACCACACAGAUUUUUCAAUGCGAAUAGGAUUUCAUCCCUGCAAUAUUCCGACACUUAUCUGUCGAUAUACUUUCGCCCUGAUAAAUUUUUAUACGGCAGAGGCGGCCAUAAACUGUUGACUAACAUGCGCGUUUUGGGAGAGAAUCUAAAUGUGAAUCCGUUAUUGAAAAAUAAUACUUAUGAGGUGUCGCGCGUAACGUCCUGCAACAUACUAACCGAUAUAUCAGCCACGCGAGAACGCAAUAACCAAGCGAGCGUCUGCAUCGAGUAUGUUGACGCGUCUUCCCAAACGGCGCAAGAUGUUCGCGAAGUGAGUGUGCUAACGGAAGAAUGUACGAAUACUUCCCAAGUGGCGAAAGAUGUUCGCGAAGUUGGUGUGCUAACGGAAGAAUGUAAGGAUAACGAUGCUUACGACAAGCAGUCUAACGUCGACUCGCCCUCCAGUCGGUACUACGAAACUAGCGAAAGUGUAUCCAUGUCCGAAAGCGAGUUAGGGGUAAACUCGGAUCCCGAGGGCUACGAGAGAAGCCAUAAAAGAGUGAUUAUUCAAAAGGAUUCGGAAAUUAUCGUUUUGAAGAACGAGCUUGGCAUGAAGGAAGACGAACUGGAAGAACUGCGGCUACUGAAUAGGCAAUUGCAAACGUUAUUAGAAGAAAAGGACGAAAACGCAAACAUUCUAAAGCGUAACGUUAAUACCUUGCAAGAAAAGUUGAAAGUGGCGAGCAACAUGCGCGACAACGAGCUUUCUUCCUUCGAGUGCCUAGUGGAUAAGUUGAAUGAGGAGUUAGCUAGAAAAUGUCAAGUUUGUUAUUUCCAAUCGCAGGAAAUCCAGAAACUUAGGAACGAAGUUAAGGAGGCGGAAUUAGUUUCCAUAGAAAACGAGUCACUUACGCGGAGGGUGAAGGAAAUGGAGCAUUUAUCGAGAGAGGCGGAGAGCUGCGGUAUCGCUUUGGAGCAGAUGAAAAAUGUCUGGCGGGAACGUGAUAUGCUUCAAAAGCAAUAUCGCGAGCAAAGUUGCACGUUGGCGGACAGAGAAGACGAAAUAAAACGACUAUUGACGUUGAUAAAGCAAAUGUCUGUUACGGCUGACACUCGUGAGAUUUCUCCCACUAAUAAUUUUCACGAUCAGGUAGAGAUGAAUGGUGUAGUGGCCAACUUGAGAAAAGAGAUUCAGGCAAAAAGCGACAAGAUCUCGCAGUGCGAAAUGCAGCUAGUUUGCAUGGAGAGGGAAGUCGGUAAUCUGACUAGUAUGCUGAAAAGUAGUCUGAAUAAUUUCGACGAGUCUAAGAUAGAAUACGAGGGCGUUUGCGAUUACACCAAGUGCGAGCACGACACUUGCUUAGACGUGCAGAGCGCGUUGUCCGCUUUAAAAGCGUUCAUAGCCGAGUUGGAGGAGUGUAAGCUAGAACGACGUAAUCGUCUGCGGGGGAUAGAUAACUUAAAGGCUUAUAUGGCAUGUUACAGCCAAGAGAAUGUCAGCGAAAUUACAAACACAGAUUUUGAUACCGGACGCGGAUCGAUUCAGCCGGCUGCAGAAGAUGUAAUUUCAACAUCGAGUAACGACGGCUGUCACUCAUCUAAAGAACUAGUUAGCGUUCAGAUUCAGUCGGAUGAUGUUGACACUACUACAACGUAUUCGGAACAGUCGGAAAAAGUAGAGUUGAACGAAGUAAUCUCGAUCGACAAAGAUAUCGAUCGCAUUUUCACAAUGCAUUUCAAACGUUCUAUCGACAAGAUGCAUGAAAUAUUCGCGGGUUUUCAAGGUGCCGGAGAUCACCACGUACAAAUCGUCAAAGAGUUCACGAGGCAGCAGCAGGAGCUGCAGAAGAAAGACCUCGAGAUCACGGAAUUGAAGCAAAAAGUGGAGGAGCACGUGUUGCGAAGGGGCGAGGGUGACUGCGCGAUUCAGGAGCAGCUGAGGAAGAAAAUGUUGGAGAAAGAAAGAGUAUUGGAAGAUGUAAUAAGUAAGAGAGACGCAAAAAUCGAGAGGCUGCGCGAACAUCUCGCCACGUUGGAAAAUGAUAUUUCUUCUUACCGCACGGAAUGCGACGCGUUAAAAAUCAAGAACCUUGAUCUUGUCAACGCGAAAAGUUUACUUUCAAAGGAAAAUGACGUGCAAAGUGAAAAAUUGAAAGCACAGAGGGACCAGAUGCGUAAGUUAACUGAGCAGAUAGACGACUUGCAGCAGACUGUCGACGUCUUAAAGGAGGAAGCAAAUAACAUCGAGAAUAUGAGGAAAAAAUUGGUCGACCUGCAGAUGAAGAAUAACGAUCUUACGAAUAAGCUUAUACAAGCGAACGAGACUGUCUCCAAAAACGUCGAAAUCAUAGCAGAUCUGGAAUGCAGAGACGAGAAGAACAGGAUGGCCCUAACUCACGGGAGCAUCAAAUACGACGCGAUGAUGACGCAGAAUCACAGCGACAUCAUAAAGCUGAGAGACGAGAAUCAAUCGUUGCGCGAUCAGUUAAAGGAGGCUGAAGCCAAACUCGCGCGAAGUAACGACACCAUAUCGUCACUGAGGAGGGAGAGCGACAAUGCAGCCGCGAUAAAUAUCCUGCGGACAAGUCUGUCGGACUUGGACGUGGAUAAGGAAAGACUAUUGGCGAAAGUGGAUUACCUGAAGAGCGAAAUAGCGAGUUACCAGAGUUCCACCGCGAGCGUCGAAAGCAGAUUGCAAGCGUUGUCACACGGGAACGAAACACUGAAGGCAGAUAUAGAGGCUGUGAAAAGUACUAACGAUCAAUUGUUAUACCCUCACGAAGACACGGUAAAGUCAUCCUUGAGAGACGCACUCUACACUCUUCCCAAAAAAAUUUAUGAGACAAUUCUGCGCCUUCGAACAGAAAUUACAGAAUAUGAGGCAGGUGACACAUGUGAAUAUUAUCUGAAUAAAAAAGUUCUCGAAAUCGAAGAUGAGAAAGAAAGGCAACAGACAAAAGUACAUGUUGAUAAGGUACAGGAAAAACUUAAAUUAAGUUUCAUUUCUCGUCAACAAGAUAAGGAUAUAUUGGAGCCUGUCGCGCAAAAAAUAGAUUGUAAUUCUGAAAACGUGGCGCAUAAGUUAAGAUUCCUCGAAGGACAAUACGAGGAAAAGUUGCAAGAACUUAAAAACCUAAUGGAUGAUGUGAAACUAAGAGAUUGCGAAAUAAGGAGCCUUCAGGAGUGCAUUACCUAUUUAUUGCAGGAGAAAAACGAUCUGCAAACUAAAGUUAAAAGUCAGGUGGAGGAAUAUCAGAACAAAUUGACGUUACUGAAGAAAAAGUACGACAGCAGUUUGAGCGCUUUUCGCAAAAGGCAUAACGAAAAUAUCGAAAGAUUACAUGCGCGAUUUGAAGAUAUUAUGAAAAUCGAGAAAAGCCCGUUCGACGCCGAGAGCUGGUUGCAGGUACGCGAAGGAACCUAUUAACAAAUUUCUUGCGGCGGUUCAUUACCAGUUAUUCUUUCCAGUCGCUAAACUUGAAGGAGCUGUCGGAGCUGCAUAAUCGAAUCAAUAUUUUGAGCUCCCACGCGGCCGAGAAUUCCAAAUUGAAUACCGUACAUGUCGAAACGAAGAAAAAUCAUCAUGACUGUCAGAAUAAUUCCCACGAGUACAGGUUUUAUAAUAAAUUCACUUUGUGCAAGCGAUAUACGAGAAAGGAUACGUCGUCUUUAAGUAGGAAAACAAGCAAAGAAGAGCUCCAUUCCAAAAUUCUCAAUGUCGAAAAUGAUGAGA